AUGUUAUCAGUUAAGCGACGACUGAAUAAUAUUGAGUUAUUUAAAGAGGAAACAAAGAAAUUUCGAGUAAUACAUGAUGACAAAAAACUAAUUCACUCUUUUGAAAAUUUAUCAAAUGAACUAUUCUAUGAAAUUUUUGAUUAUCUUGAUGGUUAUGAAAUAUAUCAAGCAUUUUCAAAUCUUAAUAGUCGUUUUCAAGCAUUACUAACUUGUUCAUCUCUUCGACUUAAAAUUGAUCUUCGUUUUCAUCCAGAAGAUAUCCUACAGUAUUGUUCUACAUAUGUUGUUACUCCAAACAAAGAUCGAAUCAUUUCACUUAGAUGGUCCAAUCUUCGUGAUUAUAAGUCAGGUUUUACACUAUUUAAUAUUGAUUCAUUAUUUAGUCGACUUGAGUCAUUGACGUUAGGUGAUAUCGAAUCGAAUCAACUCAUACCUCUUCUCAUAAGUUUAAUAUCUCUACCUCGUCUCUACUCAUUGACAAUCAAUUAUGAUGAUGAUCUCAAAGAUAUUAGCAAUAUCUAUCAAAUACUUCUUAACUUUCCUAUGUUAAAGUAUAACAAAUUGUCAUUUUUUUCACUUGAAUCAUUUAUUCCUCUAUCAAGAGCAACCACAGACCAAUUCAGUAGUAUAAAGUAUCUCGUUAUUGAUCAUUGUUGUAGUCUUGAUGAGUUGAUUGAUAUACUUUCAUAUACACCUCAACUUUAUCGGCUAACUUGUAAACACGUAGAUGAAUCAAAGAAAAACAUCGUGAAAGAUACACUCAACGUAAUAUUCAAUUUGACUUGUAUAUCCAUUGCUGCAUGUUAUGCAGAGUUUGAUGAAGUAGCAAUGUUUCUUACCACUCUAUCACCUCAAUUAGAAUUAUUACGCAUUAGUACUUUCAGAGAUGUGACUUAUUUGGAUGCUAAUCGAUGGGAACGAAUUAUUUCACAACAUUUACAUCAUUUAAGUACAUUUGAGUUUAAAUACGAAGAACCUAUUGAUGAAGACUUGGAAGUUAGUGUUUAUCAUGAAAGACUUAAUGAAUUCAACUCAUUAUUUUGGAUGAAACGGCAAUGGCUCUUUAAAAUUUAUAUCGACACGAACUUUUGGGAAAAUAACGUUAUUGUAUGUUCUAUUUUUCCAUACAGGCCAAUACAAGGCAAUUCUCAUGAAGAGAGAAAAAACAAUGAAAGUUUUAAUGACAUACUCAGUCAAAACAUAAUAGAACAAAGUAUCAUUCCUAAUCAACAAGAGUCUUUUGCUUAUUCUAAAAUGCUUUCUGAAACUAAUCAAUUAAUCGUCAUCGAUCUAUCAUAUUCUGAAUUUGAUGAAACUUUUUUUGAUACAAUACAUCCUGUUUUGACCACGAUACAAAUUACUUAUUUGAAUAUUAUGCUUCGUGACAUUUUCAUUGGCGCGUUAAUCGAUCUAGUCGGAUGUUUACCUAAUCUUGAUUCAUUGGUAAUUUCAUCUCUAAGCAUGAUACAACCACGAUGUUUAUCUAUAGAAGAAACAAGAACUUUUCGUUUGUUAUCAAAUAACAACAAAAUCACUAAAGUUAAUCUUAAAGAAAUGAAUGACUUAGCACAAGUUCAGUUUCUUCUCGAUCUCUGUUCUCAAAUGAAAUAUUUCGAGGUGGAUUGUACAAAUGGUGUAUCACCCGAAAAUGUUGUACAAUUUAUUUUAAUGAAAAAUAUCAAACGUACUUGUAAUCUACGUUUACUAUGUCUUAAAAUUUUACAAACAAAUAUGAACAUCGUUGAUACAUUAAAAAGUAUAAUUGAUUUUGAACAAUUGUGUCAUAACUAUACAAUACAACAAAUAGACACUAAAAUUUAUUUACGAUUGAAUUAA